AUGGACCUGCCCGAAACUAGUCGCCUGUACGGUGCGGCCAUCGCUGCAGCCAAAUUUGCCGAUCAACGACUCGAGUCUCGCACGCGGGUCGACUAUACCGGCAGCUUUCGUCGAUUCACCGCUUUUUGCAUAACUGAAGGAUACCCAGACCCAAUGAAACAGCGAUUUGUUCAGCUCCCAGGUGUACUAGCAGCGUACAUUAAUCAGCUCGCGACGGCGAACAAGAGUCACCGGAAAUGCUUUCAGGUGGACACCCGCACGAUCGCUGGUAAAGCAAAAAAGCGUGAAAGAACUCCUAAGCGCGCGUCACCUAUGUCGCUCGCAAUGCUAACGCGAGUAAUCACUUUCCUUGAAACUUAUUCGGACUUCAAUGAGACGAUGCGCUUGUGGUUUUCUGCCGUGUGCUCGCUUGCCUUUUACGGGAUGUGUCGAAUAAAUGAGUCGCACAUACUCUUUGCAUCACCUCCCUAA